GGCAAGUGCAGACACACAACAAGAAAACACAGGGGACACACUUCCCUCUGAUGCUUAUGGAGAGAUCAUCUGCACUCAGCCAGCCAGUAAGACAGAAGCCUCCUGGAAAGAAAAGGGAAGAGGAUGAUAAGAAGGAGGUGGAGGAGGAGGGAACCGCAAUUAAAGCACUGACAGACCAGAGGGUGAUGACAAAAGAGGCUCUGAGCAGGAGGAACAUCUGGGAGCCGAGUGUUUAUUACGCUCGGGGAAACGAGUCUUUUCAUUUUGCCGGUCAUGACAUCAGCAUCCGAGAGUCCAUGGAUACGUACGGUGCUCUGAUCUGGCCCGGGGCAACAGCUUUGUGCCAGUUCUUGGAGAACAACCAGCAACAAGUGAACCUGAUGGACAAAGCAGUACUCGAGAUUGGAGCUGGGACUGGCUUAGUUUCUAUUGUAGCAAGUCUGCUUGGUGCUUGGGUGACGGCAACAGAUCUGCCAGACAUAUUAUCUAACCUGACCUUCAACCUGCUGCGAAACACCAGGGGCCGCUGCCGCUACACCCCCCAAGUGGCUGCCCUCUCCUGGGGUAAGGACCUGGAUCGAGACUUCCCCUAUGCAUCAUACCACUACGACUUUGUGCUUGCAGCUGAUGUGGUCUAUCACCACGACUGCCUUGAAGAACUGUUGAAAACUAUGCGUCACUUUUGCCGACCAGGAAGUCAAACAACUCUGCUGUGGGCCAACAAGAUCCGGUUCCAGUCAGACCUGAGGUUCACAGAGUGCUUUAAGAGCCAUUUUAACGCCACGUUGCUGACCGAGCUGCCGCAGCAGGAGAUCAGGAUUUAUAAAGCCACGGCAAAGGAGUGACAAGGAGGCUUUAG